GUUAGAAUGAGAGAAAAUAUCUGUUUCACUCCAACAUUACAUUAAUUCAGAAGUCCUGCGAAAAAGAACUUAGGUUGGCAUCGCUCACAGCUAUCAGCAGGCGCACAACGAAACUCUGUUGGUGGGUUCACGGUGUUUCGUCAAAUUUCAUGGGUGAAUGAUUGAGGCACGAAACGAAUAAGAGGAAAAGUGGAAGUACGCGGUGUACUGUUCGUCGUGUCUGUGAGCCCGCAAAAACGACGACGAAAAUGAGCGAGCUUGUUUGGGGAAUAAAGAAUGGCGAUCUUGAACAAGUGCGAGAUAUCGUCGAGAACAAGAAUAUUGAUGUAAAUCAAAUGAUUGAUGGAAGAACUCCGUUACAUUAUGCAGCUGAUUAUGGUCAAAGUGAAGUUGUCAGAUAUUUGCUGGAGAAAGGAGCAAAUGCUAAUGCUACAGACAAGCAUGGAAUCACAACAUUAUUGGCAGCAAUCUGGGAAGGACAUACAAAUUGUGUAAAAUUGCUGCUAGAGAAAGGUGCUAAGCCAGAUGGUUUAACACCAGAUGGCACAAGCUAUCUAGAUGCAGCCGAGAAAGAUGAGAUUAAACAGCUCCUGAAACUCCACUAGCAUAAAGCCAAACACAAUGCAGAAUCAUAAUUUUGUUAUUUUAGUAUAUUAAUGUUCCUUAUAGAGAAAGUGAGAGAAAAAGAGAGAUAAUAUUCCACCACAGCUUAAUUUUGAUUUUUCGCCAUUAGGAGUAUUUAAGCACUCUAAAUUAAUGAACAUAGGUAUGUGGAUGCUGUUUUUCUAAUAAUGAUAUAACAAUAAUAAAAUAUACUACAUGUGUCAAGAAUGUAUAAUGAAAAGCUCAUAUAUAUUCUCGCGCGGUUAAUUCUUCAUGGUUCUAAAUAUAUGCAUAAGUCUACAGAUUCUUGUAAUAAUGAUAUUGUUCUUUCGUAGCUAAGACCGAUUACGAAGAUUAGUUUUAAUUUAAACUUAACAAUCGUACACACACACACACACACACACACACACACACACACACACACAUACAAAAACACAUAUAUAUAAUGUAUUUUGAUAUAUUCUCUAUAAGACAGUACAUACGAUUUUUACAUUGUCUUUGUUAUUAAUUUAUAAAUCUUGGGGAACCUUUUUAUACAUUUUUAUGUCACAUACGCGUGCGGUUAUUGAAUUGUUACUAUUCCAUUUUAAUCUGAUAUUUUCUCGUCGCAAGGACGGGUGAUUACUUGUGCGUUUGAGCAAAGUGCUGAAAAAACUCUCUUGUAUGCUGAGUUGAGUUUUCCAACGAGAUAUAUGUAAAUUAUGAUCAAAGAAAUAGUGUCUUUGUAAUGCUACCAACAUAUAACGUAUCUAAUGAAUGCUAAGAAUGUACAAUAAUCAAAAGUAACAAGCAAAUACAUUCAUUCAUUGUUAUGAAUA